AGUGUGUGAAAGGUUGCUUUCAUGUCAUCUGGUACUCCAUCCGAUGUCCCGGCUCAGACGCCGGCUAGGAAUAUUCUGGAGAUGUCCAAUCAGAUAGAUGCGAGGAUGGGCAGGAGUCCUGGGAGUAGCAUGGGAGUUGGCAGCGUCUUCAGAAGCUUCCGUAGUGAUAUCGGUGACCUCCGUUUCACCAUCGACUUUGAUGAGGAAGCCUCUGGGUCGGGAGAUGCCCAAAUGCGAGAUGGUAACAGUGCUGCCGCUGCCGGCGCCGGCGCCGGCGGCGAGCCAGAGAGGAUUUUCGGCAGUAGCAUACCACUCGACGAGGCUAGGACACUGUUCAUGAGGUUCCUGGACGAGUUCGACAAGGGGGGAGAAGACGGUAGAGGCAAAUACGGCAGGGAGCUGUUACGUUACAGUGAGAAUAAGCAACAAGUAUUCCCUGUUGAUGCACAAGAUCUCCAUCGGUUCUCACCGGAUUUGUACUCGGAUUUGAUAGCGGCUCCGAUGGAUAUUAUCCCGAUCAUGGACGCAUGUCUAUACAAUCACAUAGUUCGGAACACUCCCGGUAUCAAUGCUGCGGCUGCAGUUGUACAAGUGCAAAUCUACAAUCUCCAUGACAAGGACAAGAGGACUAUGAGGGAUUUCGAUCCGUCGGAUAUCGAGCAUUUGGUUGCUCUGAAGGGUAUUGUUAUUCGUACAUCGGUGUUGAUACCGGAUAUGCAAGUUGGCGCAUUCCGCUGUACCACUGAGGGUUGUGGACACCAUGUGAGUGUUAAUCUUGAGAAAGGUCGUAUUGAUGAGCCGACGACCUGUCCUAAGUGUCAUCAGAAGCAGUCGUUCGAACUGGAACAUAAUCAAUGCGUGUUCACUGAUAAACAGUUGAUUAAGCUGCAGGAGUCCCCGGAGAACAUACCGGAGGGAGAGACACCUCAUACGGUUAUGAUAUAUGCAUACGACUCGAUGUUCGACACUGUUAAGCCAGGAGAUCGUGUGGAAGUAACCGGCAUAUACAAGGCAUCACCCCAACGUGUCAUACUGCAGCAGAGGCUUACCAAGAGCGUGCUCAUGUCUUAUAUCGAUGCUAUCCACAUUGAGACGAUGGGUGCCUCUGUUGGUGAUGCACCUGCUGUAGGGGAUCUUAGUGAUGCCGAGAUGGAAGAGGAACUACGCAAGCUGGCAGCUGAUCCUAACAUUGUUACUAAUCUCAUCAAGAGCUUCGCUCCGUCUAUCUGGGAGAAUGAAGAUGUGAAGAAGGGUCUAUUGUGCCAAUUGUUCGGUGGAACCGAUAAGUCAACGGCCGGUGAUACCGAGGCUGAAGAUCGUGGAUCCUUUCGGAGUGAGCUCAAUGUCCUAUUGAUUGGUGAUCCCUCCACAGCUAAGUCCCAGUUGCUGCAGUAUGUUCAUAACAUAGCUCCUCGAGGAGUCUUCACGAGUGGCAAGGGCUCCUCAGCCGUUGGUCUUACAGCUUAUAUUAGUAAGGAUCCGGAUACUAAAGAAUUGGUUCUCGAAUCUGGUGCAUUGGUCUUGAGCGAUAAGGGCAUCUGCUGUAUUGACGAGUUCGAUAAGAUGGAUGAUCAUGCAAGAGCAAUUCUCCAUGAGGUUAUGGAACAGCAGACCGUGUCGGUGGCGAAGGCAGGCAUAAUUUGUAGCCUCAAUGCCAGGACCGCUAUAUGCGCCGCAGCUAAUCCCAUUGAAUCUCGCUAUGAUCCGAGGCGCUCAGUGGUUGAUAAUAUCAAUUUGAACCCGACCCUCCUCAGUAGAUUUGACCUCAUCUACUUAAUUCUUGAUCUCGGGACCGAGCGUAGCGACCGAACGUUGGCAAGCCAUAUUGUCAAGCUUUUCUCCAAGUUGGAUGACGCCUCGGGGGCAGCAGCUGAGAAGCCACCGAUAGACAAGGGCACUCUGGCCAGGUACAUCGCCUUUGGACGCUCCUUGAAGCCUCGCCUUACUGAUGCUGCAGUGGAGAUCCUCACUGAUGGGUACUUGAAGCUUAGGCAUGCUAACACUAGUGGGGCUGUGGGCAAAACCAUCAGUGCGACUCCUCGGCAGUUGGAGUCGCUUAUCAGACUUUCUGAAGCUCUGGCGAAGAUGGAGUUCCGUGAAGAGGUUACCGGGGAUGAUGUGCUAGAAGCCAUUCGUUUGAUGAAGGAGGCUCUAUUAUCAGCCUGUACUGAUCCCGUUACUGGGGUUAUUGAUAUGUCAAUGCUUGCGACCGGUAUGAGUGAGAGUCGUCGUCAGGAAAGGGAAGCGGCUAUUCAAACGAUCAAGGAGUUGUUGCAGGCCUCGCCCACUGGGUCGCUCAAAUACGAUAUACUACGACAGAAGGUAUUCGAGCAGUUGGUAAGCUCGAUGCAACACCAUGAUGAGGGAGGUGGACAUCAUGAAGGAACGGCUGAUGCCUUGGACCUGCAUGACGUUGGCAAGCUCAUUGAUAAUCUGGUUCAAAACGGUACUCUGGCUCGUAUCGGAAGGGGACCAACAGCUACGUGUCGUCUCCUCGAAUUCGAUAUGUAAUCAUCAAAUAUCAUCCUAUAAUGCACGUCACCAUACUCCUAU